AUGUCUGUUGAUAACUUCUGUAACAUUUUGCAGUAUGCAGAUGACAUUGUUUUAUAUCAUAGUUCAAAUUCAGUAGAAAAUUUAUCUUUUCGACUCAACUCUGCUUUACAUUACCUAGGCCAGUGGCUGGGUGACAACGGUCUAUCUUUAUCGACAAACAAAUGCCAGGCUGUCACCUUUACCAGGAAAAGAGUAGCCCCUGUCUUUGAUUUGGUUUAUCAGGGUGAGCGCAUCAACCUGGUGGACAAGGCAAAAUUUCUUGGUAUAAUACUCGACAGCAAACUGAAUGGAUUUUCCCACAUAGAAUAUAUUUCCAAAAAGUGUGAAAAAUCACUUAAUGUAUUAAGAGCAAUAUCAGGUGUAUGGUGGGGUGCACAUCCCUACUGCUUAAAAUUAAUUUAUCAUGCCCUUUGUCCCCCUGAAACAUCUGUGUUUACCGGUGAAGCUAUUGCUAUACUGGAAGCCAUCCUCUUUGCCCUCUCCCAUGACUUAGGACCGACAAUUAGAGAGGCUUUGCUCUCUUGCAGUCAAAAGGGUCUGCAUAUUCUGCUCGUCUGGAUUCCAGGCCAUUCAGGCAUUGCAGGCAAUGAGACAGCAGAUUCAUGUGCUAAAGCUGCAAUCCAAACUGGUAUCCUUGAUCACUACAAAAACUCCUGCCAAGACCUUCGUUCCCUAGCCAAAAUCCAUAUGGACAGUCCUGGAAUUUAUCUUGGAGUUCAUCAAAAUUGCUCUGAGGAAGAUUCCCUAUUAGUUAAUAGAGUACAACGUGGGCAUUAUCCGACUUCAGUGAUGGUUUAUAGGGGAGUUAGCUAUGAAGGAUUGACUGAGCCAUAUUUUUAUGAAAAAGGUAUCGAAACACAAGUGUAUCAAGAUACCAUUCUUGAGAAGGUAGUAAAGCCCCUUAACCAUGUUCAAUAA